ACAAAAAUGGGGUGAUGAACCAUUCUUGAUCCUCCUCCUCUAGAAUGUUCUUUGACGUGCUUAUAUGAGAAGCUGGAUUUGCAUCAAAUCUCAGCUUCACCACUUCCAGUUCGAGAGAAUGGUGAGCUCAACCAAGGGCAAAGUGUGUGUAACUGGGGCCUCAGGCUUUCUCGCCUCUUGGCUCAUCAAAAGGCUUCUCGAGUGUGGAUAUCAUGUGAUAGGGACAGUCAGAGACCCAGGGAAUCGAAAAAAAGUGGGACACCUUUGGAAACUGCCUGGUGCAAAUGAGAGGCUCCAACUUGUGAGAGCUGAUUUAUUGGAGGAAGGGAGCUUUGACGAUGCUGUGAUGGCUUGUGAGGGCGUCUUCCACAUCGCAUCGCCUGUCCUCGGGAAAUCCGACUCCAAUUGCAAGGAAGCAACACUUGGUCCUGCAAUUAAUGGUACCCUAAACGUGCUAAGGUCGUGCAAGAAGAGUCCGUUUCUCAAAAGGGUUGUUCUCACAUCUUCAUCGUCCGCGGUGAGGAUUAGGGACGAAACUCAGCAGCCAGAACUGUUGUGGGAUGAAACAACGUGGAGCUCUGUGCCACUCUGCGAAAAGCUACAGCUAUGGUAUGCCCUGGCAAAGGUAUUUGCAGAGAAAGCAGCAUUGGACUUUGCCAAGGAGAAUAACAUUGACCUUGUCACCGUUCUUCCGUCAUUCGUGAUUGGGCCCAGUUUGUCCCAUGAACUGUGUACAACUGCUUCUGAUAUCCUUGGCUUGCUUCAGGGUGACACGGACAGGUUCACUUCGUAUGGGAGGAUGGGAUAUGUUCACAUCGACGACGUUGCACGGAGCCACAUUCUAGUGUAUGAAACACCCGAGGCAAGGGGCAGAUAUCUGUGCAGUUCAGUGGUUCUGGAUAACAAUGAAUUGGUUGGCUUACUCACAAAGCAGUUUCCAGUAUUCCCUAUUCCAAGGAGGCUCAACAACCCCUACGGAAAGCAGGCGUAUCAGCUAAACACAUCCAAGCUCCAGGGGCUGGGCCUCAAGUUCAAAGGAGUGCAAGAGAUGUUCAACGACUGCGUCGAGUCGCUGAAAGCUCAGGGCCAUUUGCUGGAGUGCCCGUUGUGAAAAUAGAGACAACACGAACAAGAGCCAUAGCCAAACACGUCGCAACUAUGUCUAGAUCAUGUCAGUUCUCGAGUCUUUUUUUUUCCUCUUCAAAUAAUUCCUAUGUCGUCUAGUUACUAUUACCAAACAUCAACUGUCACUCGCAGAUUAUGCGACUACACGAAAUGUUCCCAUAUGCUUUGCAAUUGAUUCAAUCAGCAAUGAAACAUUUGACACAUUGAAUAGAGAAUUCAGUUACUUUUAUCA